AAUAAUUUAAAUUGUAUAAACUUAUAAUAUAAUUUUUUUUACACAAGCUCCAAUUAAAAUCACACCAUGUAGAUAUUUGUAGUGAUAUUUUAGAAAAUUACCUAUAAAAGUGGCACAAUAGUACAAAGAACACCAACUUAUUUAACCCUUUUAAUUUCUGAUCAUUUCAUUUUAAUUUUUAAGACACCUCAGAUGGGUGACAUCACCCACCCAACUUUAUGAGGUGGAUAGCCAAGUUGCCACCAAUAAUCAAUAUGACCUCCCAAGAAACUUCAUAGUUGCCUGCCUCAUUGAUGGUUUGUGUUCUUAACUACUUGCAGUAUAUAGUUGUACCAAACCAAAAUAAUAUAAUUUGCAGUGUGCAUGUACACACACACAUACACAUACACAUACACAUACACAUCCUGCUGUUAACAUUUCUUCUAUCUAUACUAACACUACUAUGAUUUCACUAUAAAUAUCUAUGGCAAAUUAUGAAGAACAGUCACAUGGUUUCACUUAUGAUGUUUUCCUCAGUUUUAGAGGGGAAGACACGCGACACGGUUUUAUUGGAUAUCUUCGCGAUGCAUUGCGGCAGAGAGGAAUCAAUGCUUUCUUUGAUGAUAAGAAUCUGAGAAUAGGGGAAGAUAUUUCACCUUCCCUUUCAAAAGCCAUUGAAGAAUCUAAGAUCUCAGUUAUUGUUUUUUCUGAGAAUUAUGCAUCUUCCAGGUGGUGUCUUGGCGAACUCGUGAAGAUCGUGGAAUGUACAAAAAGUAACAACAAACAACUUGCUUUCCCAAUUUUUUACCAUGUUGAUCCAUCCGAUGUACGACAUCAAAGAAAUAGCUAUGGAGAAGCCAUGGUUGCUUAUCAGAUUAGGUUUGGAAAAGACUCAGAAAAAAUACAAGCAUGGACAGCAGCAUUGUCUAAAGUCGCAGACUUGAAAGGUCACCAUAUCGACAUUGGGCACGAAAUCAAUCAUGUUAAAGAGAUUGCUGAAAAGGUUCACGCUAAUAUAGCUCCUAAACCUUUACUUGUUGGUGAGAAACCAGUUGGACUUGAUGAACACAUAGAAGAGGCGAAGUCACUUCUAAACUUGAAGCCAAAUGACGAUACUGUAUGCAUGUUGGGCAUAAUUGGACUUGGUGGAAUAGGGAAAACAGAACUUGCAAAAGCAUUGUAUAACAAGAAUGUGCACCGAUUUGAAGCUGGAAGUUUUCUUGCCAAUGUUAGUGAAAAAUCGAACAAAAUCAAUGGGCAAGAAGAUCUACAGAAGACCCUUUUAUCAGAGAUGUUUGAGCAGCCAGAAACGGAGUGGGGAAGUACAAGUAAAGGAAUCUAUGAAAUAAAACACAAGCUUGGAAGGAAAAAGGUUCUUUUGGUACUUGACGAUGUUGAUGAGAUGAAACAAUUUGAAAACUUAGCAGGAGGAAGUGAUUGGUUUGGUCCAGGUAGUAGGAUCAUUAUAACCACAAGGGACAAAGGUUUACUCAUGGGUACUUAUCCGAUAGAAGUUAAGACUUAUGAAAUGACUGAACUUAAUGAGCAACAUUCUCUUGAGUUGUUUUGUAGAAAUGCCUUUGGACAAAGCAAUCCUAAAACAGGAUAUGAAGCCGUGUCUUCUCGUGCCGUUGGUUAUGCAAAAGGUCUUCCACUGGCUUUAAAAGUUAUAGGCUCCAAUUUGGCUACUAGAAAAAGUUUAAAAGCUUGGGAGUCUGCAUUGAAAGAUUAUGAGAGGAUUCCGCGUAAAGGGAUUCAAGAUGUGCUUAAAGUAAGCUAUGAUGUGUUGGAGCCUUCUGCACAAAGUGUUUUCCUCGAUAUAGCUUGCUUCUUCAAAGGGGAAAGCAUAGAAUAUGUUGAAGAAAUACUUGAUGAAUUCAGCGCAGCGUCAAAUAUUGAAGAGCUUGUUAAUAAAUCUCUCUUGAAUGUUGAUAAUGGAUACUUGAAUAUGCAUGACCUAAUACAGGAUAUGGGUAGAGAGAUUGUUAGGCAAGAGGCACCAAAUAAUCCUGCAAAACGUAGUAGAUUAUGGUUUCAUCAAGAUGUCAUUGAUGUAUUAUCAGCCAACGAUUCAGGGAGUGAUGCAAUUCAAGGGAUAAUGCUUGAACCUCUUGAAUAUACAACAGACGUAUAUUUGAAUGAUUCCGCUUUUGAGAAGAUGAAUCGUCUCAGAAUUCUCAUUGUUCGAAAUACAACUUUUUCAUCAGAGCCUAAACAUCUUCCAAAUCAUUUAAGGGUACUUGACUGGAAGGAAUACCCUUCAAAGACUUUCCCACCAAAAUUUUAUCCGACAAAAGUCAUCAUCUUAAAUUUGUCUACUAGUCAACUUACAAUGGAAGAGCCAUUUAAGCAAUUUUCAUAUCUGACUGUCAUGAAUUUCUCAUUUACUUCAUCUAUCACAACAAUGCCGGAUGUGUCCAAAGUUGAAAAUUUGAGAGAAUUGCAAUUUGAUUUUUGUGAGAACUUAACUACGGUUCAUGAAUCCAUUGGAUUUCUCAAACAUCUUGUCCACUUAAGUGCUUCGGGAUGCACCAAACUUGAAAAUUUUCUGCCAAGAAUAUUUUUACCAUCUCUAGAAGUCCUUGUCCUUGAUUUUUGUACCAACCUUGAACACUUCCCAGAUAUAGUGAACAAGAUGAAUAAACCAUUGAAGAUUCAUAUGCAGAGGACCUCUAUUAAGAAACUGCCAAAUUCCAUUGGUAAUCUUAUUGGACUUGUUUCGAUAGAGAUGCAACAUAGCAAGAAUCUUGAAUAUCUACCAAGUAGCUUAUUCACGCUACCAAAUGUUGUUGCUUUUAAAUUUGGAGGAUGUUCUAAACUUAGUAAAUCUUUCAGAAGAUUGCUACCUGAUAGCCCUUCAGAAUCCAAUGAACGUUCAACAUUAAAAAUAAUUCAUCUUGAAAACAGUGGCUUGUCAGAUGAAGAUAUUCACACAAUUCUCAUAUGUUUUCCAAAAUUAGAAGAAUUGAUUGCAUCAGGUAACAAUUUUGUCUCUCUCCCAUCGUGCAUUAAAGAGUCUGUUCACUUGACAAAUCUUGAUGUUAGUGAUUGCAAAAAACUUCAAAAAAUUCCCGAAUGCACCAACUUGAGAAUUCUGGAUGUCCGUAAUUGUUGGAGUCUUGCACACAUUUCAGAGUUGCCAUGCACUAUUAAAAAAUUAGAUGCAAGAUAUUCCUGCAUCUUUUCUUCGAAGACAUCAGACAUGCUAUGGGAUCAGGUGAAGAAAGAGAGGCAUGGAUUAGAAAUUGUGAUGCCUAGAAUUAAGGUUCCAAAAUGGUUUGAUUAUAGAUACAAAGGAGGAAUUCCGUGUUUAUGGGUUCGUGGGAAGUUUCCCAUUAAUGUUGCUUUAUCAUUGGUGUUCCAAGCUGUGGAUGGGGAACAAAGUAUAAAUCAGGAUCUUGUUCAACUUCAUUUGGUUAUCAACGGUCAAUGUGUACUUCGCAAAGGCUAUUACAACUUCAGAAUUGGACCUGAUCAUGUUUUAGUUUGUGAUCUACGACUCUUAUACAAUGACGAAGAGUGGCUAAGUCUUGAUACAUUACUUCUUAAGCAUGAAUGGAAUCAAGUGCAAAUUUCAUAUGAAGCCUUGUCCAGUUUCGUGACACUAAGUGAAUGGGGAGUUUUUGUGUACAAACAAGGAGGAACUGUUAACUUGGAAGAACAUGUUCAAUUCAUGUGUCCUGACCCAACAAGGUACUCAAACAUAGCUAACAUAAUAGUCCCUCCAAAAAAUCCUAUCGAUGAUCAAAUUAUGAUGAUGGAGGAGUUAGCUUUUGAUGAAAUACCUGAACCUGAAGACGAAAUUAAAGAAAAACUUCACAAUAAAGUGACAAUGUUUCAAACUAUGAUGAAAUUGCUAUUUUUGCCAUUAAAAUUAUUUUUGAUAAGAGUUGGCAUCAUCUCUGGCUAAAUUUGAUUCACAACUGGUUACUUUGCCUUGCAACCUCGCAUUAUUUCUUGGACUCUUCAUAUCCAACAUUGUCUGCAUCAUCUUUCUCAAAUAGAUUUUAAAGUCACUCACAUUGUCAAAGAGAGGAAUUGUUGUGCUGAUAAAUUAUCCAACAUUGGUUUGUCUACUAAUAGCUUCACUUGAUGAAAUAACUUGUCCAACUCUAUUUAGAAUGUUUUCAAUCACAAUACGAGGUUUACCUUUGUAUAUGUGGCUUUGUUGAUUUGGUUGUUUGUGUUUGAAUUCAUGUCUAUCUUUACACUCUUUUUCCAUUCACCAAUAUUUUAUUGCAGUGAGUUUUCCUUUGUAAAGUUUUUAAUAAAACAAAGAGAUUCUCUUAAAAUUUGAUCUAAGCUCCCUAAAAUUCCUUUGUAUCUUUCAUAAGAAUGUUUUAGAAAUUGAUUAGAUUGAUAUCAAUAGUUUGUAGAUUCUUUCUCAAGCAAUGCUCCAUACAUGAUAUCAAUAGUUCUAUUAGUUUACUGGUAAUUAAAACUACAUCUAAACCAUCACUAGUAAUUUCUUUUAUCCAUAUUGUUUUACAUUAAUUGAAAAACUAUUGGUGAUUCCAA